UAAAAAACUCGAAUGGCUCCCCUCGAUGACAAUCACCAGCUCCCUUCUGCUCUUCCUCCUGUCCAAUCCCUAGUUUCAGCGAAUUUUUUUAGAUUUAGUCUUGAUUGAUUAUUUUAAUUGGGGCUUUUCCUUCUUUUCAAUCCUUUUGUUCCUUUUUAUUUGUAAUUUUUUGUGGAGUUUUUAUGAUUUGAAGAUUGAGUUUCAUGGGGUUUAUCAUCUUGCAACCAGCGUUGAUUUUCAUGGUGGAAAGUAGAUGCUUUGAGAUGCAUCAUCAUCAUCAUCACCAUCAGGUUUCUUUGUGGAGAAGAACAACUGAGCUUCACUCAAAGCCCGCAUUUUUGCCGGAAAUGAGAUAUCAACUCAGAAGACGGAAAUGGCGAGCCUUUGCAUUGGACACCGGUGAACCUUCAAAUAAUGGUGGUCAAGACGAGCUCAAUGGAGAUAAUGCCGGCCUUGGCAGAACAAGGUUGGGCAUAAUAGUUCGUGCUGCUGCAGCACAGCUUUUGCAAAAGCUUAAUGCUGCUAGGAAGAACUUCCCCAUGAAAAUAUUUCUUCUGCUUUUGGGUUUUUACACAGCUAAUGCUCUGGCCACAAUUCUCGGCCAGACUGGAGACUGGGAUGUGUUGGUUGCUGGUGUUGUGGUGGCUGCCAUUGAGGGAAUUGGCAUGCUGAUGUAUAGAAGGACCUCAAGAAUGCCCGUAGGUAGAUUGCAGUCAUUGGUGGUGAUGGUGAACUACUGGAAAGCCGGCGUUUGCUUAGGACUCUUUGUUGAUGCCUUUAAACUAGGUAGUUGAGGACUACACACAUAAUGCUUCCUCGCCUUCAGAGUUUAGAAUUCAGAUUCAUUAAAAAUGAUCUUGCAAAUACGGCAAUAUGGUGAACAAUUAAGUUUUCGUCAGAUUUUUCAUUUGAGCUCGAAGCAGUCAGAUUUCUCAUUUGAGCUCGAAGCAGACAGCAGAUGGUGGCGAUGACCAGUUUUGGUUUCUUCGUGAAUGUGUGUGAGAAAUAUUGUAUGCAUAAAUGGUUCAUUUUGUAAAAUCAGAGUUCUUUUUGGCUCACUUGUUAUACACCAGAUGACCAGAGUAUGGAUGUCAAAUUGUACCUGUGUAAGUUCAUUGUUAAUUGCAGAAAAUGGAUGAAAUG